GCCGGGGGAGGGGCGGGGCCUUGCCGGGCCCCGGAUGAGGCCCCGCCCCCGCCCGCGGAACCGGAAGUGGAGCCGGGCGCCUGGGAGCGGCGGGCGCGGAGGGGCCGGGGCUGGAGCAGGAGCCGAGUGGGGCCGGACCGACCCAGGCGGCGACGGAACCCCUCCCAAAUGCCUGGGGACUCCUCCUUGGAUUACUGGGUUUGAAACAGAAUUUUGUGAACGGCCUUUUACCUUCGACCGGGAGGAAAGAUGUGGAAAGCUUCAGCCGGCCACGCUGUGUCCCUCAGCCAGGACGAUGGGGGAGCCGACGACUGGGAAACCGACCCCGAUUUUGUGAAUGAUGUCAGCGAAAAAGAGCAAAGAUGGGGGGCCAAAACCGUGCAGGGGUCUGGGCACCAGGAGCACAUCAACAUUCACAAGCUGAGAGAGAAUGUUUUUCAAGAACACCAGACCCUCAAGGAGAAAGAGCUUGAAACGGGGCCAAGAGCCUCCCACGGUUAUGGAGGGAAGUUUGGCGUGGAGCAGGACAGGAUGGACAAGGUGAGUGCACGGGCUGCAGGGCCGUGGGCCUGGCGGCUGUGACCCUGCACGUGGCUG